AUGAGGCUCGUAAGCAGCAGGCUACUUCUUCCGUGCAAGCGCGCCGGUUUUGCGUAUCAAGGGCCUUGUCGAACACUUUGGUCUGGAUAUGGAAACCGCCUCUCGCCAAAUAAACUGCUGCUGUCUAUACAAUUGUCUCGGUUUCACUCGAAUGCUCCGAAAACAAAAAAACAAGACCCCGAACAGUCAACAACGAAAACGACCACAAAGUCGAAGAAAAGCUCCGUCGUUCCAGAAGGACUCGGCUCUUUGGCACCAGAAAAGCAGUCGGAAUGGGGAAUUGUGAAAAAUAUGAUGCAGUAUGUCUGGCCGAAAAACCAGCGAGGCAUCAAGAUUCGAGUGGUGAGUGCUCUCGUUCUGUUGCUGGGCGCCAAAGUGUUCAAUGUUCAAGUGCCAUUCUACUUCAAGUCCAUCGUCGACACGAUGGACAAGGCCGUCGUCGGCCAGCUCGGACCGGUUUGGUCGACGGCGGGAGCGGUUGUGCUAGGCUACGGUUUGGCACGCGUCUUCUCAACCGUGUUCCAAGAAAUCCGAAACAGUGUGUUUGCAACGGUGUCGCAAAACGCCAUUCGAAAUGUCUCUCGCAACAUCUUUGACCAUCUUCUUCGACUCGACAUGAAUUUCCACCUGAAGAAACAAACAGGACAAGUGACUCGAGCCAUGGAUCGUGGCACAAAGGGUAUCAGCUUCGUGCUGUCGUCCAUGGUCCUGCACAUCAUCCCCAUCACGCUCGAAAUAGGCAUGGUGUGCAGCAUUCUCACAUACAAGUAUGGCGCUCCGUUUGCACUGCUAACGGCCCUGACCAUGGGAACGUACUCGGUGUUUACGAUAAAAACAACAUCCUGGCGGACACGCUUCCGGCGGCAAGCGAAUCAGGCAGACAACGAGGCUGCGACCGUGGCCAUCGACUCGUUAAUCAAUGUCGAGGCCGUGAAGGCAUUCAACAACGAGGGGUUUGAGUCGCAACGGUUCAACAAACACUUGAGUGCCUACGAAAAAGCGAGUAUCCGAGUCGCCUCUUCACUGGCGUUUUUGAACUCUGGUCAAAACAUCAUCUUCUCAACGGCGCUGACGGCGAUGAUCUCGUCUUCCAGCUGUCCAUUUUCCGCUGAACUUCCUCGGGGGUCAGUGUAUCGAGAAAUGCGCCCAGUUCGUUCAACCGACAUGGAGAACCUGUUCUCGGCUCAUGCGUGUAAACGUAGGCAUCCGAGAGGAGCCGGCGGCGCCGCCGUUGAAGCUGCAAGGCGGAGAGAUUCGCUUCGAAAACGUGAACUUCAGCUACCACAAGUCGCGGCCCAUCUUGCGCGACUGCACCUUUACCAUCCCAGCCGGCUCGAAGACGGUGGCCGGAUUCUGAUCGACGGACAAGAAGUGAAGCGUAUGCGGUUAUCGACGUUGCGCCGGGCGAUUGGCAUUGUGCCGCAGGACACGCCGCUGUUCAACGACACCAUUGGAGCGAACAUUGGUUACGGUCGGCCGUCGGCGACCCAGGAAGAAGUCAUCGAUGCAGCGAGACGGGCGCGCAUUGACCAUAUCAUCCAGCGGUUCCCGGACGGCUACGAGACCAUGGUUGGUGAGCGGGGCCUGAUGCUGUCUGGCGGCGAAAAGCAACGGAUCGCCAUAUCACGUUUGCUGCUGAAGAACCCGGAGAUCUGUUUCUUCGACGAAGCCACGUCCGCCCUUGACACGACGACGGAGCGAGACUUGCUGAACAACAUCAACUGGCUCCUGCAGGAGAGCCGGAAGACGAGCAUCUUUAUUGCGCACCGGCUGCGGACGAUUCUCGACUGUGAUCUUAUUUUCGUUAUGAAGGACGGGCGAGUGGCCGAGCAGGGAACCCAUGCAGAGCUGCUCGCGAGAGGGGGGAUUUACCGGGAGAUGUGGGAAGCACAGGCCGACCAGGAUGGCGAGCAGGGCAAACGGCAAGCAACGGCGUAA